UUGUGUCAGAUCGUCUCGAUGUAUUAUUUGGUUUACUGAUGUUUUAGUUUCUUUUAAACUGGUUUUGAUGCUGGUGGACUUAUUGGACGCAUUGCAGCCAAAUCGCUGUAUCCCGAAAUCUAAUUUUAAACAGUUGGAUCAGUUGAACGUGAUCUCGUGCGUAUUUGGACGAAAAUAUAUUAACGUUUCCCGUUUAAAGCGCCACGGUACGCGAGACAUUGGAUUAGCUGAGUGAAGUCGACCACUGUAGCUAAGACCACCGUUGUUGCCGCCAGCCCAACAGUCAAAAUGGUGCAGAACAAGAUCACCGAAGUUACCGGAUUUCAUCGCUCUUUUAAGGGGCAAAAUCCCUUUGAAUCUGAGGAAUUUUCCAAAACCGGAUCCAAUCUUCUUGACACGGCCUUCAAUUUUGAUUGUUCCCCCCGACACGACAUACCAUCCAGUCGGCCCAUCGACAUCCCCGAUGCCAAAAAGAGAAACAAGAAGAAGAAAAGAUGCCGAGCAACAGACAGCUUCUCAGGGCGAUUCGAAGAUGUAUAUAAACUGCAGGAUGAGGUGCUGGGGGAAGGAGCCUAUGCCAGGGUCGAGACCUGCAUCAGCCAAAUCACCCAUAAAGAAUAUGCUGUGAAGAUAAUUGAGAAAAGGCCAGGACACAGCAGGAGUCGUGUUUUUAGAGAGGUGGAAAUGCUGUACCAGUGCCAGGGCCACAGAAAUAUUUUGGAGCUAGUGGAGUUCUUUGAGGAGGAGGACAAGUUUUACCUCGUGUUUGAGAAACUGAGAGGAGGCUCCGUGUUGGCUCACAUUCACAAGAGGAGAUACUUCAGCGAGCAGGAAGCCAGCAUUGUGGUGCAGGACAUUGCGAGUGCCCUGGACUUCCUUCACAACAAAGGUAUGGCCCACAGAGACUUGAAACCUGAAAACAUCUUGUGUGAAUAUGAAGACAGGAUUUCACCUGUUAAGAUCUGCGAUUUCGAUCUGGGCAGUGGUAUUAAACUCAACAGCGAUAGUUCACCCAUCUCCACUCCAGAGCUCCUCACUCCAUGCGGAUCUGCUGAAUACAUGGCUCCCGAAGUGGUGGAGGCUUUCAACGAGGAAGCCACCAUCUACGAUAAGCGCUGUGACCUGUGGAGCCUGGGUGUCAUUCUGUACAUCAUGCUGAGCGGGUACCCUCCCUUCGUGGGACGCUGUGGAAGCGACUGUGGUUGGGAGAACGGAGAACCUUGCCAAGCGUGUCAGAACACCUUGUUUGAGAGCAUCCAGGAGGGCAAAUAUGAGUUUCCAGAGAAAGAGUGGGCUCACAUUUCCUACAGCGCCAAAGACCUCAUUUCCAAACUGCUCGUACGGGACGCUAAGAAACGUCUCAGUGCCGCUCAGGUUCUCCAGCAUCCAUGGGUACAAGGGUGCGCUUUUGACUGUCUCCCCUCGUCCAUCUUGCCUCAAAGGAAUAGCAGCACUAAGGACUUGACCUACUUUGCGGGCAAGGCAGUUGCCAUGAACCGUCAACUGGCCGAACAGGACGACUGGAAAGAUCAACAGCAUCAGGACUCUCCUCAGGUCGUCACGGCCAGUGCCUCAUCUAUGCGUCUCUCCCCUCCCUCCAACUCCAAACUGGCCAAGCGGAGACAGCGGAGCAGCCUGCUGAAGGGAGCACCAGUGUCCGCCUCCGAACUCAGGCAGCUCCUGGCACCGCUGGUCAUCGUAGGGGACUGCGCUUGAUCGUUUGAACUGGGCUUUCAUACGGACAAACCAAGUCUAUUCUACCUUUGUGCGAACUUCCCCUUCCUUGGUCCAAUUAAAUGAUACCAGACUCUUUCCUAAACACAGAUUUGGUCACAUUUUGCUUCCAAAGCACUUCCAUCAGCACUGGGAACGUUGAUCUCCUUGAUGGCUCGAGGAAAAUAACCCAAAUUGAGUUUUUAGGAUAGAGACUGGGUGACGAGAGGCAUUUUUAUUUUUUUUAGAGCAUGAAACACCAGCUCUAACAAACCAAAGGUCUAAUACCCAUACCCAAACCUCCUUCUGUGCUGCUUCCACGUUACAACUGGAUUCACUGUGAAUUUUCUCUGUGAGAGAUGAGUGCAUUUGCUUCAGGAAUGUUCCUCCUGUAUGCGUGUGCGCGUUUUACUCCCCCUCCCCUUCUGCGGAUACUGAAGAUGCUCGGUCAUUGCUGAUGAAGGCUAUUAUGAGUAGCAUUAUUUUAGUGGAGAUGUCGUCUAAGUGGACAGAAGUUCUGUUAAUAGUGCCUCACCUCACUAGUAUGUACCCACCCACAGCCUUUUUAAUUAAUUUUAUCUAGGAAAAUUCCCUGAUCGUUAGGAAUAGCAGUCACUAAUCGGGAGUGUUUACUCUUAAUUUGUAGUUGCAUCAUUUAUUUCAAAUCCAGAUUGUUUUCUUUCAAGACAUGGGUUUUGGGUGAGCAAUCUGGAAAGAUCGCUGCACGUCGUCGUUUUUACGUAAGCUUCCAUUUUGUAAAACUUGGACUUGGCACGUUACAUGCAUCCCAAUCAAUGUCCAGGAAACCACCGUGGUUUUCAGUAACCAAAAAAUCUUAUCAGUAGCUGAUAAGCGCGUGAAAACUUUUGUGAGCACAAUAAGGUUAUAGUACACGCUGAAAGGCAACCAGGUGGUUUUAGAAGCACACGUUUGCCAGUAUGACCAGAUGAUUUACGACCGAAAUCAGGGAGUGACGGCUUUGAGGGGACAGUGGUGGUACGCAGAAUUAAAAAAAACCUUGCAGAUGCCGCCGAAAAGCGAUUUAUAAAUAUUAGGAGGGGAGGGAGAGAUUAUUUUCUAAAAACACUUAAAAACAAAAAAAUCUAUAUUUAAAAAAAAAAAUGGAAAGCAUUCCAGGAAAAAGUAUUUAAAAUUCAACAAAAAAAAGUCUUCCGAGAAAAUGUAGCUGUAUGAGUGAAAUGGUUUAAGAAAGUUUACUUUGUUUUUAUAUGUUAAUGGUUGACUCCAGUUCAGAUGUUUCAAAUUUUGUUAAGUUUUGUUUAACUUUUCAUUGAAAGAAUAUUAUAUUCAAUCUUAUUUUUUAAAAAGGUGCUGUUCAGGUGGAACGUUAUAUUUUUUCUUUUUUAUAAUUUUUGUUACUUAUUGAUUUAUAUGCUGUAGAGAAAGAGGGCGAGAGAGUGUGUGCGAGAGAGAGAGCGCGUGUGCGAGAGUGUAGAGAACAAAGUCGGAGAAACCGAAGGAUAAAGAUGAGAGAAGGAGUCUGAUACUCAGUGGAGAUCUGAUCUAAUGUUUUCGUUUUUUCGAAGUGACUUUAGGGUCGUUUAAACUCCCCGUUUUUCUCUGUAAUGCUUGAUGGUUUUAGCGUGCGAUGCAACAAAUUUUGCCAAAGUGCACCAAUCUCUAAAAUCUAAUGCUAUGACUUAUGCGGGUGUCUGGAAGUGUUGAUCUUGGAUCAGCUUUAGCCAUUUACAUCGUAAUUCAGACUGCGUUGAGAUGAGCAUGGAUCCCUAUCGUCCCUCUUACGCGAGACGUAAGAGUGCACAAAGCAUUCGGAGAUUUAAGGUUUAUGAAAUCAAGCAUUAGUAUCAUCGUUGGGAGUUUAAAUUGCCCAAGCACAUGAUCCUGUUGAAUGUUUUCGACGCAUCACCAGUUCUGUUGUGCGAUGCUCUGAAAUAUAUGAAACCUAAUGGCAGUCCUUGGUUUUGAAGGACCCAUUAUGCUGAUUAUUAUUAUGACACUGAUUGUAACCUUUAUUGAUUUUCUUUUUCUUUAAUGUUUUUACAAAUGCAUCUUUUGUGGGUUUUAUGUCUUAUAGUAAGACUUAAAUUGUACGUGUAGCGGUUUCCUCAUGUUUUUGUUCAGGAAACUGCUUUGCUACAAUGAAUAUGUACAGUACAAAUGGAAACCGAAGCAUUCAUAAGCUGAGAUUUAAAGCAAUCUUUGGUCUGGAAAAUACCAUUUCCAACACUUCUCUUCAGUGUUUUUUGUCUUUUUUGCUUUGUAUUCCAGAUAUCCCAGAUGUUUGGGUUUGUAUUUCUGAAGUGUCUGAGGCACUUGGUUGAUCCUCAAAAGCCCCUGUGCCUCUGACAGAAGAUUCACCACUGUUUUACCCAUACAGUAGUUAUGGGUUGCCUUGUAUUAACAAAUCUGACAAAUCUUUUUUAUUUUGGGUGCGUGUUCUCAUUUGCAGUUAAAUGUUCUUGUUUUACACAACCCAACAUUAGCCAUUACAAAGCAAAUAUAAAGUAUUGUAAUAUGAAGACUCAACCUCCCACUCAAUGUUUCUCGGGAUAAAAAUAUUCAGGUGCACAAUAAUAUAGAUUUUAUUUUGUUUUAUCCUCAAUAUGUGACCCUCUAGCCUGAAGGCUAUUGUUUUUGAAGCACUGUUUGUCAGUUUCUAAAUUCCAAAGUUUGUCCAAAAUACGAAUUGGGGUCAAAAUCACCCGAGACAACAUGGGUAUUGAUUGAAAGAAGCACUUUACUGUACCAUGUGGCUGACUGCAGUUCACUCGAAGCUAAAUUUAUGACUGUUGUUGCAGAUUUUUGUAUUGUUUUGUACAAAACAAACCGACAAAACGCAAUAAAAUGCUUUAAACAUG